UAGCAAUAUAGUUCAUAGAAGAAUCGGUGUAUACAUGACCUAGUUUAUCACUGGUGGCUACCUACAACACGUGUUUACAUUUCUUAUCACGUGACUGGCGACCAAGCCCUACUACAUCGUGUGUGUUACGUUCUGUACACUGUGUCUAACCCUACACACACCCUCUACACCAGUUACACACCGUACAGCAGCUGAUCAGCUCACGAUGAAGGUUUUACUUCUGCUACUGCUGACCACUGCGGUCAGUUCUGUCCACAUCUUGCCUUUUAUUGGGGAGCUUGAGCUUAAAGCUCACAAUGAAAUCAAAACACUGGUCAGUUUUGUCACUUCUGACCUUAAAGACAAGGCCACUGAACAGUUGUCUGAACUAGCAGAUACCAUCAAGAUUCAGAAAAAGUCCAGUCGACUCAAGUCGUUUUCCUUCAAGAAUUGUGCCGACCCCAGUACUGAGAUUCUGGUUCCCAGUGGCAUAACUGUCAAGCCUGACCCCAUUAAAAUCCCAGGGAACAUCAGCAUCGCUGGGAACCUUCUUAUCAAGACAGCAUUUGGAUCCCAGCUAAAGACCUCCAUUGAAGUGGAUAAGGAAGUGUUUGGUGUGUGGGUCAAGGUGCCCUGUAUUGACAAUAUUGGAUCCUGCAACUACCCAGACCUGUGCACCAUGCUGUCUGCCAUCACAGACUGCCCGCCGGAGUUCAAGAAGAUUGGGCUCCCUUGCAAGUGUCCUUUUCCAGCAGGUAACUUUGCCAUCUCACCGUUCGGUAUACCAAUCACUGGGUCGCUUCCCUUUCCUAUAUCAGGUGGUGUUAGAGUGAAGAUUUCAGCAACCUACAACAACAACCUCCUUUCUUGUGCUCAGCUAGAACUAGAUUUGGCAUAAAUUUAUUCAAGUCACCAACCUACAACAACCUCCUUCCCUGUUCUGAGCUAGAACUAGAUUUGGCAUAAAUUUAUCCAUGACCCCAACCUACAACAACAUCCAUUGUUCCCAACCUACAACAUCCUCAUUUCUUUAGCCCAACUUACAACCUCCUUUUUGCUCAACCUACAACAACAUCCUUCCUUAUGCCCAACCUACUACCACAACCUCCUUUUUGCCCAACCUAAUACAACAACCUGCUUCCUUGUGCCCAAUCUACAACAACCUCUUUACUUCUGCCCAACUUACAACAACAACCUCCUUCCUUAUACCCAACCUACUACAACAACCUCCUUCCCUGUGCUGAACUAGAUUAGGCCUAAAUUUAUUCAUGUAAAUGCUGCAAGAAACUAUCUGGACUGAAAUUAAUUUAAUUAACUAAAGUGAACUUUGCCUCCAUUUAUGUUAAUUAGAGAGUGUUCUUGUUAAACAUCUGUAUG